AUGAAGGAGGAACAGCUGGUAGAGCAGUCUGAUUAAUACAUCGAUGACAUGAAAAAGGGCACCUCAAACAUUUUGGUAUGCCUUAAAUGCUCUUGGCAAGAUUUUAUGCUAACUUGCUUGUAGGUUGCAGUCAGACUUCGGCCACUUUGGAAUAAGGAAAUUGAAAAAGAUGAAUUUGAAAUAGUCAGGAUCCUAGAUUAGAAGGUCGUGAUAUUGAUGGACCCAGCAGAUAUUCUAAAUGAGUAAAAUGUCUUGGGAAAGAAUAGAUCCAAGGAAAAGCAGUACGCAUUCGACUUUGCUUUUGAUAAGGACGCAAUUCAAACUGAGGUUUUUUCUAAAACCACCAGAUUUCUAUGCGAUGGGGUGCUUAAUGGCUACAAUGCUACUGUUUUCGCAUAUGGGGCUACUGGUGCUGGUAAAACUUACACUAUGCUGGGUACCGAGGACAAGCCAGGCAUCAUGUUUUAAACAUUGAAGGAGUUAUUUACCAAGAUUAAGGAUUAUUAGAUAGAUAGAAACUACAAUAUCAGAGUGUCUUUCUUGGAAAUUUAUAAUGAGUAAAUCAGAGACUUGAUAAUGGUCUCCUCUGAGGUGCUAGAUCUCAGAGAGGACCCAGUCAAAGGUGUCUAGGUUGCUGGUCUCUCAGAAAUAGAGGUAGACACACCAGAAGAAAUUCUAGAUCUCUUGAUAUUCGGAAAUAGAAACAGGCAAGUCGAAGCCACAGGUGCAAAUGAAACCUCCUCGAGAUCUCAUGCUGUUUUGCAAAUUAUCUGUGAGCAUAAGGAUAGAGAUGCAGGCAUAGAGGCUGAAAUCAGAAUAGGCAAGUUGUCGCUGAUUGAUUUGGCUGGCUCGGAGAGGGCUUCUAAAACCAACAACAGAGGAAUUAGAAUGAUUGAAGGUGCGAAUAUAAAUAGAUCUUUGCUAGCACUGGGUAAUUGUAUUAACAUGCUGCAUGAGAAUAAUUCUAAAAAUUAGCAAAACUACAUUCCCUUCAGAGACUCUAAGCUAACUAGACUGCUUAAGGACUCUCUGGGUGGUAAUUGCAGAACAGUCAUGAUUGCUAACAUAUCACCUUCAAAUGCUUGCUACGAAGAUACUCAUAACACUUUAAAGUAUGCUAAUAGAGCAAAGAACAUCAAAACUAAUGUACAGAGAAAUGUUUUAAAUGUCGAGUAUCAUGUUUCAAAGUAUACACAGAUUAUUGGGUAACUUAAAAAUGAAAUCUCAGAUCUAAAGUAUUAAUUGAAAAAUGGAGGUGCAAGUGGAGGAGGCAGUGUAGUUACAUAGAUUCCUCGAGAGCCAACUUUAAAUACUGCUGAAUUAGAAAGACUUAAAGACGAUGUGAAUAAUCACUUUGCAGAGGAAAUUAAAGCCAAAAAAAGAGUGCAUGAGCUAGAGUAGAAAAUGGAGACUUCAGCAAUGAGUAUACUUUCUAAAAAGAAUGAACUCGCUCAGAUUAUUAGGGAGAAAGGCAAGGAUAAUAUAUAAGUGAAGAUUAUAAACGAAGAAAUAGAAGAGACAAACAAUCAAAUAUCAGAACUGAAAAAGGUUCUGGAUAGCACUAAUUAAAAGGUAAUGAUCCUACUCAAGCGUAGAGAGAACUUUGCCAGUGAGUGGAAAAGUUCAGGACUGAAGGAAAUUCAACUAGAUCUUUUAAAUCAUAUUGUAAGGGAGAACACAAUAUUGGUGGAGAACAUGGAGUUUUCAAGGAAGGAAUAAAAGGCAGACUUGCAGUUGAAGAUCAAGGAGAUGCAGUUUAGCAAGUUACAGGAGCAGAUUAAGAUAAGAGAUGAAAUGCUUAAUCAAGCGAAGAGACGAUAUAAGGUUGAGGGUUUUGAAUUUGAUAUUGAUGAUCCAAGGCUGGUAUAACUUGAAGAGUUGAUGUAGCAAGGCUCCAUAUUCCCACCAAUAUAAAAUACUAGCUAUGGCAAAGCUACUGGAAAUAUGAUCAAAUCUCUGCUUAACAAUAUUACUAGUGAAAAAUAGCCUUCCAAUGCCGCAUAGUAAAAUCACUCUUAAAGAAGGCAGCAGAAUAAUAUUUACCACUCGCUUCCACCUAUUGGACCUGGUCGAGACUAAAGUGAGUCUAAGAUACCCAGACCCAAGUAUGUACUGCCCUAGAAUGAUAUAGAAAAGAACAGGCCCAAUAUUAACUUCAAAGAUAUGAGAGAACCCAGUAAUUAAGCCCAUAAAAGAUAGCAAUAACAAUCAGUAAACACAAGAGUAAAUAACUAUGGACUAAACAAAAUGUCAGAGAAUUAACUUUCUAAUAAGAAUAUAUAUCAACCCUACAGUCAAAUAAACAAUAACAUCAAUAACAAUAGAGAAAAUCAAAAUCAAAUGAAUCAGCUUUAAAUCCAAGGAAAUGGUAACCCUUAAAGCAAUGUUGGUUCCAAUAUGGCAUCUAAAUCUAACCUUAAUAACAUCAAAUAAUAAAUCAAUUUCGCUAGCAAUUUUGCUAAAAAUUUACAAUUUAAAAGCAAUCUGAAAAAACCAACCUAACUUGGGAACAGAAAUGAUAGGUUUGAUAAUCCAAUAAAGAAAUCACUACUACCAUCUCCAAGUCAAAACCUGCUUGUUUAAGUAGAAGAGCGCAAGAGAUCUAACAGUGUUGCCUCAAGUGGUUCUAUCAUCUCAACUGCAUCGUCUAAUUCUCCCAAGCUUGGUGAAAAGCGUAACAAAUAAAGUAACUCUUUGUAAAUAGCUGGGAUGCAGCUUGGAAGCAACAGAAAAGCAUACAUUCCUUCCAAAUAUGAUAAGAGUCCUUUUGUUAGAGCAUAAAAUGACUAGAAUAAUAACAAUAAUAAUGGGAGUGGCAAUGGUGUAGGCUAGAGUCUUGUUGGAGGAAUCAACGGCAAUAAGAUCAGCAACCAAAGAGGUAUAGCUUUGAGUAUGGCAGCUAGGAAGAAGGAUAUGCAGCUGCAGGCUGACUAGAGUGCAUAAAUAAUAGAGAAGAAUAAGAAAAAGGUGCUUGACGCUCUGAACAAAAACUAUAGGAAAAAGUAUUGA